UUUCCAAAACCGUCAUCAAAGCAAGAAAAAUGGCGACGACGACGGCACAGCCCCGGUUUUUGGCGAUUCCUCUCUUACUUAUUGUGGCCAUCUCCAUCUGUCACUCACAGCAGGUUAUUUAAGUGAAAGCACUAAGCAUCCUCAAGCUUAACUCUCAUAUCCUGCAGGAGUCAAUCGUUAAACAUGUAAAUGAGAACCCUGAGGCUGGAUGGGAAGCCGCCAUGAAUCCUAGAUUCUCGAAUUCGACUGUUGCCGAAUUUAGGCGUAUGCUCGGAGUCAAACCGAGACCUAAGCAAGAUUUGAGGAGUGCUCCAGUAAAGACUUAUCCAAAAUCCUUGAAGUUGCCAAAGGAGUUUGAUGCAAGAACUGCUUGGCCUCAGUGUAGCACAAUUGGGAGAAUUCUAGAUCAGGGGCACUGUGGUUCUUGUUGGGCUUUUGGUGCUGUUGAAUCGCUGUCAGAUCGCUUUUGCAUCCAUUUCGGCUUGAACAUAUCUCUGUCUGUAAACGAUCUCUUAGCUUGCUGUGGCUUUUUCUGCGGAGAGGGUUGUGAUGGGGGCUAUCCGCUAGAGGCGUGGGAAUAUCUUGCCCGUUCUGGCGUUGUGACUGAAGAGUGUGACCCAUAUUUUGACAAUAUUGGUUGUUCUCAUCCUGGUUGUGAGCCCGCGUUUCCAACUCCAAGAUGUGUUAGAAAGUGUGUCGACGGGAACCAGUUAUGGAGCGAUUCAAAGCGUUAUAGUGUAAAUGCAUAUACAAUUGACUCCGACCCCCACAGUAUUAUGGUUGAAAUUUAUAAGAAUGGACCAGUUGAGGUCGACUUCACUGUUUAUGAGGAUUUCGCUCACUAUAAAUCUGGAGUCUACAAACACAUAACAGGGGGGAUUAUGGGAGGUCAUGCUGUGAAGCUAAUUGGAUGGGGAACAAGUGAUGCUGGGGAGGACUAUUGGCUUCUUGCAAAUCAGUGGAACAGAAGCUGGGGUGAUGACGGUUACUUCAAGAUUAGAAGAGGAACAAACGAGUGCGGCAUCGAAUCUGACCCGGUUGCUGGUUUGCCUUCAACAAGAAAUAUCAUCAAGGAGGUUGCAAGCGAUGGUGCCAUUACAGAUGCUUCGUAUUGACGUUAAUCUAUUCCACUGGUGCUAAAAGAAAAGGAAAGUUUACUCCAAAUUUCCAGUGUUGAAUUUGCUUAUUAUGUCAAUUGGGGUAAAAGUUAUUUCUGUAUAUUAUAAUUUAUGUCAUGAGGGCUCUGUGAGAUACUCCAAGAAUCUGUCAUUUAUUAGAGACGGACAUUAUACUAUGUUUAUGAUGCAAGGAAAAUAAAUUAUAGACAGAUAGAUAAGUUGAUAUGUUA